AUGCCAGACGAAGAGCAGCAUGAAGCCUCAACGAGGAACGCCGCUCGACCUGACAAUGCGGAACCCAAAGACGAAAGCGCCGCUAAGGAGGUUCGACUGCUCAAUCGCUUCACAUGGGCUAACUUCACCUGCACUCAGUCUACCGGUGGCGUGGCCAUUCUCCUGUCCGAAACCCCCCAUCAAUUUCGCGGGCUGCAGACCGCCGGUGUCGUAGUCUUCAUCCUCAACCUAGUUCUGUUCGUCCUCUUCACCAUAGCCAUUAUCUGUCGGUUCGUACAGAGACCUUCCAACUUACGCAAAUCCCUCACCAACCCCCCGGAAGCCUACUUCACAGGCUCUCUAUGGCUCUCGAUGGCGACCAUCAUCAUAUGCAUGCAGCGUUUCGGUGUUCCUCACGCCGGUUCUUGGCUCAUCGUCGCUGUCCGGGUCCUCUUCUGGACCUAUGCUGCUAUCACCCUGGCGUAUAAUAUCGUCAUCUUCGUCGUCAUGUUUGUCCCUUUCUCACAACGAAUGGCCAUCAUCGUUGCCGGCAUUGCUUUUCAGGGUCUUGGGUGGAUGUUGUGCAUGUUGUUUCUUCCGCUCUUCGUGGGCAACAUGCUUAUCAAUGGUUUCGGCCCGGCAAACCAGAGACCCGGACUCUUCAUAUCAGUAGGUUCAUCAGGAUACACCAUUGUGGCUCUCAUUGGGUGCGCCAAGGCGAUCCCCAACGAAUACGGAUACUUCGCGAAGCACCCUACUGCUUCAGAAACCCUGAACGUCGUGGCAUUGUGGAUAGGCAUAUUCCUUUGGCUCUUCACAUUCUGGCUUUUCGCGAUUGCGCUGGUCGCUCAGUUGCCCAUUAUGAUUCCCAAAUACGGCAAUAGUAUGUCGCAGCCACAGAUGAAUUUCACACUUUCUUGGUGGGCCAUUAUCUUCCCCAAUGUUGGCUUCACAAUUGCCACGAUUCGCAUUGGCGAGGAGCUGGAAUCCAACGCCAUAGCCUGGGUGGCAACAGUCAUGACUAUGCUUGUCUUUGCGGCAUGGCUCAUGGACUUAUUCCUGCAUCUAAAGUAUAUAUUUCAAAGGCGCAUCAUGUAA